AUAGGAGUCCUUAAAGUGACAGAGUGCGCUGGCGUGUCGGCCAGUCAGUGUAUAUUGUCUCAAAAUGUCGUCGCAGUAUAGCGCGCCUUUAACUCCAUUGUUUAUUAUCAAAAAGUGAUAAAUCAAAUGACUUUGCAAUAAUAUUGUUGUUGGUAAAAACUGUGUGCAGAUACUGAUGUUGGUGAUAGUGAUAAACAAUUUUAGUGACAUUAUAGUGUGUGCGUUAUUGUGAUUGUUUUAAUGACGAUUUAAUUGCUACAAAACAUAAACUUGUGGAACGCUGUUGAUUGUGAACAAUAACUUUUUCUUACCACUGCUAGUAACAUAGGAUACGAGUAACCAAACGACAAAAAUCUGACUGAUAAGGUUUUAAUUUUUUGUUGUUUUAUACUUGAAACUAAACAAAUAACUACAAGCUGAUGGAUUUUUCAAAGAGAGUAAGGUGAUGCGCCGACUCGACCACGCCCACCAUGAGUUCCUUCCUCAUGAACGGUGGAUACCAGCCGCAGCCGGACCCCAAGUUCCCACCUUCGGAAGAGUACAGUCAGGCGGACUACAUACCGCCAGGGGAGUACUACCAGCACCAGCAUUUGCAGUAUGGCUAUCAGCAUCAAUACGCCCCUGUCCAGAUUGGGACAGGGUACGGUUACGGAGGGUAUUACCAUCCGUUGCCUCAGCACCCUCCCGUUGCUCCUCCACCAAGACCGCCAGAGCCGUCACAUCCAUCAGACGCAGAUCACGGCUACGUGCCGUCCCAUAAUGGGGAAGUAGCACCAGGCCUUGCUGAGCUUGGGCUCAGGCUAGAAAGACAUAUAGAAGAAGCGGCUCCUGCUGGUAGAAAACUCCAUGCCCUCGGUCGGGAAGGAUCACCUGUAUCAGAAAUGGAUGACGAGCGGCUACUGCUGGACAGCCCGCCCGUCGAAGAUGACGAUUCUUCUAUAUGCUCGGAUAAUACUGACAGGGUCAUCUAUCCUUGGAUGAAGAAGAUACACGUUGCUGGCGCAUCAAACGGCUCGUUCCAACCCGGAAUGGAGCCGAAGCGACAACGCACCGCGUACACGAGACACCAAAUAUUAGAGCUGGAGAAAGAAUUCCACUACAACAGGUACCUAACCAGGAGAAGACGAAUAGAAAUAGCGCACACUCUAGUCCUGUCUGAACGACAAAUCAAAAUAUGGUUCCAGAACAGACGGAUGAAGUGGAAGAAGGACAAUAAGUUGCCGAACACCAAAAACGUGAGAAGAAAAACGAAUCCCGCUGGAGUGACCACGACCACUUCUAAAGCGACACCAAAGAGUAGAUCGAAUAAGAAUACCAAUAAUAACGACAAGAAGAAAUCGAAUAACAACGGUCGACCAGAUAGUAUAGAGAACGUGACGGAUAACAUAAUGAAUGAUCUUCACUGUGUUGGGGGGCAGAAUUUGUCUCAUGAUCCGGCGAUUAGUCCGAUGUCUCAUCAGGGGCAGAUCAAUGCUGGGCAUAUGACGCCGCACCAUUUGCAUAUGAUGAGCUUGCAUGGUAUGGAUCCUGCGAUGGUGGCGAGCCUGACUGCCCACGGGUCGCCAGUUGGCUCGGCCGGUUGCGGCACGGGGCUCAACCCCACAUCCCAGCCUGUCAUCAAAUCUGACUACGGUCUCACCGCCUUAUAAUCUAAGUAGACCCUUCUCGGAUCACCCAUGUAAAGAUGCUAUAUUUUCACUAACAAACUCUCGUAACAACCAUUCCUUCGUGUCGAUAAGGUGUAAUAAAGUGAUGAUUAAAUUUAAAUUAACGUUAAGUAUAAUAAUUUGUGUAAGUAUUCCUAGAUUAAACAGUCAUAAUUCGAUGUUUGGAUAGUUAAGUGGAAAACUUUACAAUGUCAAAAGUGUGAUUAUUAUUAUUUUAGGGUAGAUAUAAACAUCUGAGUGUCGGAUUUGUACAUUAUAAUUUAAGUCAUUGUCGUGAGCUAUAAUAACAAUAUUUAUAAAUGCAUUAUAACUAGUUAUUUUAUAAUUAAUUUCAGUAUUGUCGUUUGUAAGUGAAUGGUUUUGAUUAAAGGGUACAUCCUUCUUUUUGCAACCUGCAGAGUUACCAUUUUUGAAUGAAAUUGUAAAUAGUAGCUAGCUAACCACUAUACGAUAAUAUUUUACCAAUCUGAUAAUAGAUAUUUUACGGAAUAUAAAACAACCUUAAUUACUUUGCACAUAAUAUUUAGGAAUGCCAUACAUACCACUGAAAACAUUCUUACAAAAUACCUACACAAGUGUGCGAAAAUUUUUUGUAAAAUACUUCUGAAAUAAAUUUUAUUAUAGUAUAGCGCCCCUUGCAAGAUGAUACAGGCUUAUUAAGUUUUUCAGAAGCGUAAUAUUGUGUAGAAAGUAAGUAAUCUUCUAGAUUUCUUCAACAUAAUAUGUUACAAAUAAGUACAGUAUUCAUAUUUAUUUUUAUAAUUGUUGUUAUAAAAUAAACUAACGAGAUAUUAAUGUCACUGAUGUUACUUUAUCAUAGAUUACAAAUGGGUAGAUGGUCGCAUUGUAUAAAGUAUUAAAACGUUUGUAUAAUACAUUGUAUAAUCCCUCUGCUAGACUUGCACGAAG